GCGUUUGAAGAUCCAGGGCAGUGCGUGGACACCGGAGCCGGGGAGAGAAUUUACUGAAACAGCGCAGAGAGAGCAGAAGGACCCGGUUCAUCAGGAAAGGUAGCUGUAUAAGCAAGGAUUUGUUUUAUUUGAAGCAGCAUCACCGGGAGGGAAAAAAAGCAUAGAAGCCUUCAGCGAGAUCAGUUCAUUAUCACUCGACUGGCAUUCUAUUGACAAUGGGAUGAUUGGUUUCUACCUUACCUGAAACAACACCAAGAAACACCUCAUCCUGAUGUCAGACGAUUCAGACACCAAGCCCUAUCACCUGCCUGUUCCGGCGGACCGUGAUGGAACCUCUGGGUGCAGAGACUCAGCUUCGAGUAGUUCCAUCUCAAGUGGAGCCUCUGGGUGCAGUCCCAUGGCACAGAUGCACUGGGUGGGCAGCUAUGGCCAGGGUGGACCUGACAUUGGCCUGCCCUCCGAGGGCAGUGACAGCAGCGGUCAGGACCCUGCCCUCUCACCGCGCAGUGUACGAAAGACCUCGCGUUCUCGGCUUCCUCCUGAGGAGGAUGUGGAAAUGAAGAGCAGUGGGUCGAGUGGCAGCGGGACCGAAUCGCAUGGCAAUGAGAGCCAUGGAAACGAGAGUCAUGGGAACGAAAGCAACGGUCAUGAGUCAACAGGCAGCUCCAAUGGCCACAGCAAAGACUCAGCAUUGCUUGGGUCUUCAGAAAGCAAUAAAAGUUCGAACUCCCACAGCCCAUAUCCUCCAAGCAGCUCCAACGCCUACAGUCUGCUUAGCUCGGAGCAGGACAACCCUUCAACCAGCGGCUGCAGUAGUCAGGAAUCUGCAAAGGCUAAGAAGCAGAAGGAGGUCAUUAAAACUCUUAAGGAGCUGAAGCUUCAUGUACCAGCUGACAAGCAGCACAACUGCAAAUCCACCACACUGAGUGCCCUGAAGUAUGCCUUGCGCUGUGUAAAGCAAGUGGAAGCGAAUGAGGAGUACUACCAGCUGAUGAUGAUCAAUGACAACCAUCCCUCUGGCCUGGACGUCUCUUCUUACACCAUAGAGGAGAUAGACAGCAUAACUUCAGAGUACACCCUUAAAAACAAUGACAUUUUCGCAGUGGCAGUGUCCCUGGGCACAGGAAAGGUUAUCUAUAUAUCUGACCAGGCUGCCUCCAUCCUUAACUGCAAAAGAGAUGUGUUCAAGGACUCUAAGUUUGUGGAGUUCCUGAUGCCACAGGAUGUCAGUGUGUUUUACAGCUUCACCACCCCUUACCGCCUGCCCUCCUGGAGCAUGUGCACCGGAGCAGAUCCAUCUCCUUCUGACUGUAUGCAGGAGAAGUCCUUUUUCUGUCGUAUCAGUGGCGGUAAGGAGUUUGAGGGUGAGCUGCGGUACUAUCCUUUCCGCAUGACCCCUUAUCUGAUGAAGGUGCAGGACAGGUCUCAUGAUGAGGACCAGUUCUGCUGCCUCCUGCUGGCUGAGAGGGUUCACUCUGGAUAUGAAGCUCCCAGAAUUCCACCGGAUAAGCAAAUCUUCACCACCACACACACCCCUAACUGUGUUUUUCAGGAUGUAGAUGAGAGGGCUGUUCCUCUCCUUGGCUACCUCCCCCAGGACCUGAUUGGAACUCCGAUCCUUUUCCACUUGCAUCCCAAUGACCGGCCCACAAUGCUAGCCAUUCACAGAAAGACAUUACAGAAUGCCGGGCAACCGUUUGACCACUCAUCUAUCCGCUUCUGUGCUCAAAACGGAGAAUACAUAGUCCUGGACACCAGCUGGUCCAGCUUUGUGAAUCCCUGGAGCCGAAAGGUUUCCUUCGUUAUCGGGAGGCACAAAGUUCGUAUGGGCCCUAUGAAUGAGGAUAUUUUCAUGACUCCAGUCUCCUCUAUGGGCCACAUAAAGAACAUGGACCCUGACAUCCAGGAAAUAACGGAGCAGAUCCAUCGGCUUUUGCUGCAGCCAGUUCACAACAGCGGAUCUAGCGGUUACAGCAGUCUAAACAGCAAUGAGUACCUUCAGAGCAUGACCUCCUCCUCUAGUGACAGCCUGAGCAACAGCAAAGGAGGGAAAAUACAACAAAAGGAAGCAGAACUGAGCAGCAAAAGCAGACCUCGAACCUUUCAUGAAAUAUGUAAAGGAAUCCAUCUUCAGAAGAGUCAAGAGCAGCAGACUUCCAAAUCAGAACAUAAAAAAAGCAGUGCUACGUCUGAACCGAACACCCAGGCUGUGGUACGUCUCAAAGACACAGCCCCUCCGAUCAGCUGGAGGGAGGCCAACGCGGCAGACAGUCGUAACUCUUUUCCUGAGGAGUUUGGCCUAAACGAUCAGGCUGUCUACUCCUAUCAGCAAAUCAGCUGUCUAGAUGGUGUCAUCAGGUACCUGGAGGGCUAUAACGUUCUCGUCAUUAAGAAAAGAAAGUGCCAGUCGUCCUCCAACACCACCUCCUCUAACUCCGAUGAGGACAGACAGAAGAAGUCACAUGCAGUGCAGAUCUCUGAAGAACCAACCUUAUCGAAGGAUCAGUCUGGUCUUUCUGCUUUGGACGAUGCUCACAAAAAGACCAGUGAAGCUGCUACAGCGGUAGUAGGCACUACCAUGCCCCUACCAGUGCCAAACAAACCAGAAAGCGUCGUGUCCAUUACCAGCCAAUGUAGCUACAGUAGCACUAUAGUGCAUGUUGGGGACAAGAAACCUCAACCUGAGUCAGAGAUCACAGAGGAUGUACCUGCUGCAGGAGAGAUGCCAGAAUCGUGCCAGAACCUCAGUGCUCCUCAUCCAAUUUCACCUCCCAGUCAGGAGAUGGAGUCCUACAAGAAACUGGGUCUGACUAAGCAGGUGUUGGCAGCUCACACACAGAAAGAGGAGCAGGUCUUUCUCUGUCGCAUCCGAGAGCUUCGAGGAAUGGCUCCCCACAAAACAAGCUGCUGCCAACCCCUGGAUCAACAGAAAGAUGAGCGCACCAUCACUGCUGCACGUGCUGUUCAGACCAGGAAACAGGAGGCUCAGCGACCAGAGGCGACGUCACGCCGAGGAACACGAAACAAGAAGACCAAAACCAAGAGAGCAAAGCUAAUUGUUUCUCCAAACAGCUCAGCAUCUCCUCACAAAGAGCGAAAGCCGGAGAAGCCGCGUCCUCGGACAAACCAGAGCCCUACACAGACCCUGUUAUCAUCUUCUGAUGCCCAACGACCCACAUUCCCUGCACCGUAUCCAGUCAUGAUGCCAGGCUACCCAGUGCAGAUUUUCCCCAGAGCCGAUUCUGCAUUUCCACAUACUGAAGCCCCCCCACAAGACUUAGGGGGUAACCAGGGUGCUCAUUUUUCUUCAUUCUCCCAAGGGACUCCUUCUGCUCCCUUCACCCCUCAAAUGGUCACCCCUAUCAUGGCUGUUUUGCUGCCGAACUAUGUAUACCCUUUCAUCAGGCAUCCAGCACCAGCAGUGCCAGUGUAUCCUGUAGACUCUGGUGGUGUCCCACUUCACCUGCAGCCUUCUGAUCAGGCUGCGUUUCCAGGCCAAGGCGCCUUCACAUCCCCACCUUUCAUUAGUAAUCAGAACCAACUCAACCCACCACCCUACAUGUCUCAGCCAUUCUACUUUCCUUCCUCCCUGGACAUCCCAAAGCCCCAGGUGGAUGGUAGCGCCCGCUCUUCCUCACCACAGUCUGAUGAAGAGGAAGGCCAGGGGUCCCCGCCGCUGUUCGAAUCUCGUUGCAGCUCGCCUCUUAAUCUGCUGGAGCUGGAGUUUUCUGUGGACAGGCAGGACAGCACGGCUCACGCUUCAGUAGGACAGGGGAACCAUUUGGCUGAAAGGGAGAAAGGAUCGAGCACCAGCAAGGCAAAGGAGAUGCUGCUGAAAGAGCCCUCUCUCAGUCUACUUGGUCCACCUGGACCCUUGUAUUUCCAGCCCACAUCCUGUGUCUGUGAGCGUUUGUCUUGGGAUAAAGUGUGGUCUAGGCUGGGGGCUUGCAGCAAAGAGAGGAGUGAAGAAGGUAACAACAGUGAUGUGAUCUCGACAUCCAGCGACAUGUUGGAUAUCAUCCUUCAAGAGGACUCCUGCUCGGGCACGGGGUCAGCAACCUCCGGCUCCAUGGGCUCUGGUUCAAAUGGUUUUGGGACUUCCGCAAGUGGGAUGUCCAAGAGCAGGACAUCAGCCAGCGGGGCCUCAGCCAGUGGGACAUCAGGCAGUUUUUCAGGAAGCAACAACAGCAGUAAAUACUUUGGCAGUGUGGACUCGUCCCAAAGCAGCCAGAAGGCCAAAGGCCUCCUGAGAAGCAGCGAGGAGAGACCUGCUGAGACAGAGCUUCUCAAGAGUGUCCUGCAGGACCCGGUCUGGCUGCUGAGGGCCAACACAGACGAGAAAGUCAUGAUGACCUACGAGCUGCCCUCACGAGACAUCGCAAUAGUGCUGGAAGAGGAUAAUGAGAAGAUGAGGCUGCUGCAGCAAUGCCAGCCCUACUUUUCAGAUGAUCAGAGGAAGGAGCUGAGCGAGGUCCAUCCCUGGAUACAGAGGGGAGGUUUACCCAAAGCCAUAGAUGUUGAGGGAUGCACCUGUUGUGACAACACCUCAGAAGCAGCAGCAACAGUUGGGGCUGAAGACUUGGAGCUCUGCUAUACAGAGAGUGGAGACCCCUGCUGCCCAGAGAGGUUUAAAGGUGAACCUGUAAACUCCUCCAUGAUCUCCCGUCACCCAGGGCCUUCUCUAAGUUGUGACCUGCAGGCAGAAGAAGCAAAUCAGCAAGACGUUUAAAGAACUUGUUUCUCUGCUGUAAAGAGGAGGCUGCCUUAGAUGAGCUCCAUGCUCCAUGUAUCGUACAAUCCGUGCAUUUCUAAAAUGUGAAUAUAUGUGGUGAAAGUCUUUUACAUUUUAUUUUUAUCUGUAGUAUGCUGGGUCACUUAGUUGCUUUUGGGAUAAAGGCUGGGCUCUGUGAGUUUUCCUGUUUUAAUAAGCGGCCAUUUUUAGCAUAUGACAGUGCAACACUUUGAAAGAAUCUCUGCUCUAAUUAUAGGAGAUACAACACAGCACAACGCUGAAACUCGGAGCUGACAGCAGAUGCCAAACAGACAUUGUCGCGUCGGAGGCCAAACUCUGAGCCAGUGAAUGAACUCAGUAUUUUUCAGUUACGUCAGCAUGGGAUUAGAACAGAUGCAGGUUUUUUUUUUUAAGGUAAGGUUAUUUGGGUACUGCAGUCUUUAAUAGACAAAAGGUACCAAAUGAGCACAUGUGCACUUUAGUGGACUAAAAGAAAAGCAUAUUGGUACUCCAUAGUGCUAUUGCUGAAAAUCAUUUCUGGGAAUUUCAAACCUGCUCCUUUAUUAUGUUAAUAUAUCAGUCCAAUAAUUCCACCUCCCAUAGAAACUGGAUCUAUUUAUUCCCUUUACUUGAAUAACAUGAGAUACAAUAAAGACCUGCGAUCUAGAAAAAGCAGAUCUUUAUUGUGUCUCCUGUUAGGAAUUUUAUUGUUUAGGAAGAUCCAUUGCUAAAUGUUAAACAGUUUUUUUUAUUUAUUGUGUAUGUAGUACUCUGCAUAAAGCUAAAGCUUCGAAAGCUUGGAACAACCUAGGAAAGCUACAGCAGUCAGCUAAGGAGGAGAAUAUCUACACUUCCUUUCAAAAUACCACAAAGUGGAGCCCUUUUCCCGAAUAAUAAAAGCAUGUGAAAUCUAACAGUAUUUAUUGAGGUGAUCAGAGUAUUCCAGCAGAAUACAACUCGGCCAAAGGCUGCAUUCACUUGCCUGGAUACUCGGCUGCAAUACUUAAGACUUUAUAUUUUUCCCUUUGGAUCCAUGUGUCGCCAGAUUAAGCUUGCUGUGGGCAUAAUUUAUUUAUUUUUAUCCUAUGAAAAGCAUCAGUUUUUAGAUGUUAAAUUCUUACUUUUUGAAGCCUGUCAUUGCACAUGCUGAUUAUUGUAACAGUCUGAGUAUAUAUAUUUAUAUGUAAAUAUUUGACAUAUUUUUUUAAAGAAAUAUUAAUUUUUUUAAAGAAAAAACAAAAUUAAAACACAAACGGGACCAGAAAGACGGCAAAUACGAUUUUAGAAGAAUGUGGUUGUGAACAUUUCUCUGCCUAAACAGGAAAAAACUAUGGUUGUUUACAGCGGAUAUGGUUGACAAAGGGAUAAGUUACAACAUUACUGUCCAAAAACACGAACGGUUAAUCUUUUGGGUGAGUGUGUAGAUCUAAAGAAGCAUUUUGAAAUAUUAGGUGCCUGAUGGGUUUUUAAUGCUGUUAUUCAAUUUAAAUCGGUGAAAUUUCUCUAUAACUUUCCUGAAUGUGUCAUUAGACUGUCUGAUAAUUCAGCAGACAUAUAAAGCACCUUUCUGUUUUGUUUUUGAUUCUUUGUUUUUAGUGUAUCUUUUUUUGUUUAUGAUUUAUGGAAAAUGAAUAUUUUAUUGUAAUAAAAGGAGAUGUUUAUGG